UAAUAUUUGUGCUUUGUCUUUUCCUUUGAAUUCAGAUACAGGUUAGAGACAAAAACAUGUGUUUCCCUUUUGGAGGGAAAAAUGCAGGAAGGUUUGAUUAGUAUUUGAAUGACUCAGGAAUCUUUGGUCGGUUCCUAUCUGUUGUGCUAGUGGCUCGAUUGGCUUUGAGUUCUUUAAAAAAAUGCUUAAAAUGGUCAUUUGCAUUUUUUUUCUUUUGAUUUUUAUUUGGCAGUUUGUUACGGACCAGUGUGUGGAUUAUCUGUUACGUUCACAUUUUCAGAAAUACUAGGCAGUGCAUAUAAUCUAAGCCUUCCUGUGUAUGAUUAAAUCCUUUAAAGGGGACCUAUUAUGCUUUCAUGUUUGUAUUCUUGGAUUCUACUAGAGUAGCUUUGCAUGAUUCACUUAUACUGGGUUUCAGUGAAGACCCUCGGUUAAUCCAUCGUCUGAAACAAGUCGUUUAAGCUCCCAUACCCCUCACUUUGAGCCCGGGAUGUCAAACUAAUUUUACAUGGUGGGCCACAUACUGCCCAAAUUGGUUUGAAGUGUGCCUGACCAGCAAAACUCCCCUCUCAAUCAGUGUGAAGAUGUUUAACUACACCUUUAAUCCCAUUUAAUCUAAGAAAAACAAGUGUCAACAGUACAUCACAGAGUUUCUACACGAUGAAGACAUUUUGCAGUAAGUGAAUGAAAUCUGUCAGCAUAAAUAAAUAAAUAUGUAAAAUUACAGAAUAAACAUAUUUUAUUCAUUCAAAUCAUACAAACCUUUAUAGGAACCUUAAGAUGUUCCAAAGCCGUCCAUUGGGCUGGAUGGAAGUCUUUGCCUGGCCAAUUCUAGGCCUCAGGCUUCAUGUUUGACACCCCUGCUUUAAUCGAAAAAUAUUCUGAUUGGUUGCCCAUCACAUUCACAACACUUGAAUGGCAGAUGGGUGAAGUUUCUGUCUAAUAUCUCAAAAACAAGAUAUUGCACUUCAUUGGUCCGGUCACAUUCAAAUCUCAGCAAUAAAACCGUGUUGUUGUUGUUGUUUUUUUUGGUUGUUUUUUUUUUUUUUAAUGGUCUGAAAGUGAGUAUUCAGAGCAGUCUGAAGCCUAAACUUGACUCAUUGCACAUACACUGAUUUAAAAUUUUGAGUCAGUUCAAUUUCUGAGCAAGCAUCACCACAAUGUGACUGGUUGAGAUGUGGAGAAGCAUAAUAGGUCCGCUUUAAUUCUUCCGUCUUUGUUUCCUAUAUGACUUUAAGUGUAGCGCUGUGUUUGUGUUUCGUUAGAUGUUGCAGUAAAAGCUCGAGUCUGAGGGUGAGGAAAACUGCUCAAAUGAACCGAUUCAAAAGGAAUGACUUUAGUUAAUAUUUUCUUGCUUUGUUGUUGUUUUUAGAUUGAAUUUUUAUGUUAAAGUCGAUCUUUUGUGGUAAUAAAAUGGCACAUUAUGUAUUCUAACAAAUGAAAACGUUCAUCCCAAAACGGAGAUGUUGAAAAUGCGAUGCCUUUGCUAAUGACACCGUCUCCGUCAUCCAAGCACAUCUCGCAAUAAGACCAUCAGCCAGCAAAACAACCUUUGAAUACAAAUUAUCAGAAAAUUUGGGGUUUUAAAGGUUGUGUUUUGAAAUGUUAGCUGAGGAUUUCUUGAGUUUUUUGGAAGGAAACAUUUGAUUUGUCCCUCUUCCUUUGACUUUUUGCAUUUCGCACUAACCCUGUGGUCUCUGUUUUAAUAGCCCAAGCCUUACUUUACUACUCAGUGUUUAAAAUAUACAUUAAAAAAGUGCUUUUGUUUGAAAUAUGUAUCUUUUAAGAUGGAAGACUGUACUUUGUAUUAAACCUGUUUUUGAGAGGUUUUGGCAUGUUUAAAGCAGAUUUAUGGUAUUUAUAACUUGUGGCAUUCUUGAACUAAUGAAAUACAAUUAAAGAUGUCUAUAUUUAUUACCAGAUUAUGGUCUUGAUUUAUUUGACUGUCUCUGUUCUGUUAAAUUUUGGGUCUGGGAACUUCCAAAUGUCGUCCAAGAUGCUAUAAAAAGUGAUGUUUUACUUAAUACUAAGGAUUAUAAACGUGGAGACUUAUUGGUCAUCUUUGCUCCUCGCGUGAAGGUGUUCAAUAGCCAAUAGUGUGCGUGCCAUUAGGACAUGCGCACCAGAGCGUGUCAGACCUGGUCCCGCCUGGUCCCGGAGAAAACAAGGGGUGUGCUUGGGUGCUUGUGAAGCAGCAGCAGCGGCGCAUGCGCCCAGGAGAAAAUCACGGGCGUCGUGCCUCGCCGCAGCGAUUGCAGAUUUUUGAUGUCAGAUUGGAAGGAGUGAGAAGGGGUGAGAGACACUGGGGUCUAACAUACCGAGCCCGGUGGAAAAGAGGAGUGGAAACCCGGAGUGUGUAAGAAGAGAAGAGGCGUGUGUGACUCCGACUUAAUCCUUUCUUUCCAACUUGAGUCUUACAAGCCUGUCUGCAGAUGCAACCUGUCUGUCAUCCCAUCCGUCCCAGUAAUCCCUGUUUAUUGCAGCGUUUCCUCCAAAGGGGACUACAAUGACACCCUGGUGAACACGCUCAGGAUGGAGUAAUCAUACAAGCACCCAGCGCAGCGCAGGAUGCGCAUCUCCAACCCGACGACGGAGAAGAAGAAGGUAGAGAAGCCUGGCUGUUAUUCUGCUUUCACAUGUCAGAGAUUUUCCGCGGCGCUGUGGAUUGAUCGUUUCCGUCAUCAGCCUUCUGCUGCCGGUGUCGGUGUAUAAUGGAGAGCUCCAAUGGCUCUGGCAGCGACACCAAACCGCAGAACCACCAGUUGGAGAAGAAGCGACUGAACCGAGCGCCUUCACCGGCCAGACCUUUCCUCAAAGACGUGCACACCCGCGGUGCCAAACCACCUGCCAUCGUACCGAAAUCCCCCAAACUAAGCAAGCAGCAGCAGUCUGCCACAGUGCCCUUAGCCCACCUGAACCGCAGCUCCAGACGCACCCCGGCCGGAGCCAAGGAGAAAGCAGCCACGGCAAAAAGUAACACCAAGUCUGCCGUCGCGAAAAAACCCACCAAGGUGCCACAGCAUGCCGCAGCUGAGCCCAAACCCGCCAGCAUCAAGCCGGACUGCACCAGCAGUCCGAUCCUCGCCAAAGGCAAGAAGGGAAAACUAGCCUCCGGUUCUCCGGGCCCUCUCAGCCAUGGAUCCCCGAUCCGGGUACCGACCGGAGCGCCUCUCGGCCGAGUCAGCCAGACCGACAGCAGUUCAGACCUGUCAGACUGCCCGUCCGAGCCGCUAUCGGAUGAGCAGAGGCUGGCACCAGCCGCUAGUAGCGACGCCGAGUCUGGUACCGGCUCCAGUGACCGGGAUCAGCUGGGAGCAGAAGCUACCGCAUCCACAGCUGCUGCCCAGCCGCGCACAACCGAGGCUUCCGCCGCCAAGGGAAGCAAGUCUCAGGCUCAGCUCGCUCCGGGCUCGCACGGAGAGAAACACAAGCAGGAGAAACCCUCCGCAAGCGCACAAUCCAAACUGCCAAGCACCAAGCAAGCAACCGAGGAGGACCUGCAACGGGAAAUUGAGGACUUGAGAUCGGAAAACGACUACCUCAAGGAUGAAGUGGACGAGCUGCGGGCUGAGAUGGAGGAGGUGCGCGACAGCUAUCUGGAGGAGGAGGUUUACCAGGUACAGGAGCUGCGGAGGGAACUGGACCGCUCUAAUAAAAACUGCCGAAUCCUGCAAUACCGCCUGCGAAAGGCAGAGCAGAAGAGCCUACGGGUUGCUCAGACCGGACACGUGGACGGAGAGCUGCUGCGUAGUCUGGAGCAGGAUCUGAAGGUGGCCAAAGAUGUAUCGGUACGUUUGCACAACGAGCUGGAGAUCGUGGAGGACAAACGCAGCAGAGCUGAGGACGAGAACGAGCUGCUCAGACAAAAGAUCAUCGAGGUGGAGAUCGCCAAACAGGCACUGGCCAACGAGCUGGAGAGGACCAAAGAGACUGCACUGAGGCGACGAGGUAGCAGGGAAACAUUUAAAGACAAAAAAUCCACAAGUCAGGAGGACAGUGCGGACCUCAGGUGCCAGCUGCAGUUUGCCAAAGAGGAGUCCGGCCUCAUGAGGAAAAAGAUGGCCAAGCUCGGCCGUGAAAAGGAUGAACUUGAGCAGGAGCUGCAAAAGUACAAAUCAGUUUACGGGGACGUGGACAGUCCCCUUCCCCUGGCGGAGUGCUCUGGCGGCGGCCCUCACACCACUCGAGAAGCCGAGCUACGAUUGCGUCUCAAGCUGGUGGAGGAGGAGGCUAACAUUCUGGGCAGAAAGAUUGUGGAGCUGGAGGUGGAGAACCGCAGCUUAAGAGCGGAGAAUGAAGACAUUCGCUGUCAGUAUGAAAGAGACUGCUUUGGGCGCGAGCCUUUCUCCAGCAUGCCCUCGUCUCCAUAUGGCGGCGAUGCGCUGGAGUCGGCCAGUGAGCUUCGUCGCCAUCUCCAGUUUGUCGAGGAGGAGGCUGAGCUGUUGCGCCGCUCCAUCUCAGAGAUUGAGGACCACAAUAGGCAGCUUACGUCUGAACUCAAUCGCUUCAAAUUUGGUCCAAGCAGCACCUCUGGGGCCGUUGGUGAAGAAGGCAGUGAGGGGGUACUGUUUAAACCCGGGAACGGGGGCACGGGUAAUGGCUCCAGUAGUGGGAUGUUGAUGGAGGAGCUUAAAUCAGCCAGGAUGCAGAUCAACGAGCUGAGCGGAAAGGUGAUGAAGCUGCAAUAUGAGAACCGUGUCCUCAUGUCUAAUGUCCAGCGCUGUGACCUGGCUGCACACUUGGGCCUGCGAACCGGCAGCCCUCGAGACAGCGAUGCGGAGAGUGAUGCGGGCCGGCGAGAAGCUGCGGAGGAUGAGGAAGCAGGGCGACUUCUCCUCCUCCAACCGAAGAGAGAAGGACCUAUUGGAGGUGAGAGUGACUCUGAAGAUCUGUUUGAGAAAACAGCGACCACCUCGGGGUUUGGAAGCAUCAAACCAUCAGAUGGCAGCGAGCUCAGUGCCACUGAACUGGCCAAUCGUAGAAGGGAAGAGCGGGAGUCAUUCGCUAAUGUAAAGCGAGAGGCAGAAAGGCUCGGGAAGACAGUGGACCGUUUGAUCACGGACACUGACAGCCUGAUCUUUGAGGGCAGGCUCCUGGUGACGACAGGAGAGAGCCUCGAAGGCGGGGCAGCCUCUGGAUCCAAACCAGACACUCAAGUCCUGGACACCAUUAACACCCGCAUGAAGGCUUUCCGCACUGAGCUGCACAUCUUUGUGGAGAAGCUGGACCACGUAGGGGAGGGGCUGAGAGAAAGGACAGAUGAUCUGUCACCCAUGCCAAACCUCACAGAGUCCAGCAGCUUCCUGUCCACCGUCACCUCCAUGUCUCGUGACUCUCCCAUUGGCACGUUUGGCAGAGACCUGGUGACCGACUUCCAGUCCGGUCAGAGGGAUGAGCUGGAGUGGCGUCUAGGACAGGAGCGAGGCGUGGAGCCCCAGAGCCAGGGUGGGGGCCAGGCCCAGAGCAGGGGAGCCACUGGACUCACUAGGUACCACAGGCCCCUGGCUUUAAAAGUAGAGCUCCGGGACACGCCUGCUUCUGACAUCCAGUUUCGUCUGGAUCACGAGCGAAGGAUGAGGGCGGCAACGGAGGAACGGGAGGCCGUCGCUUCUCUGCCUCAGCAGGAUGAUGAGCGUUUACGUCUGGAGGCCCAGCGUGAGGGUCUGGAGCUGCAGGGCCUUCAGACUCACGAGGUGCCCUGGGCUCAGGAGAGAGCCAUGCUGCAACAAGAGGUCCGCCUCUAUAGACGCAACAUCAUCAUCAUCUACAUGAAGCUCAGGUGGAUCCUUAUGCACUGGAGGCUCGGACGCAAGGAAGACUCUGGAGACGACGCGGUGCACCCAGAGUUUGAGAAGUUGGAGGGCUUCCCAGAGUUGGGAGUGAUCAUGGAGCAGGCGGAGGGGGAGUCAGACCGAGACGACAGACUGUGUUUACCACAGACUCCAGGGGACGUCCCCGACACCACACCCAUCAUCCCUCUGCCAUCACCUGACCGUCACCUGCAGCACCAAAGACAGUUCGGCGAGACACGUCGAGUGCUACAGGUCUUGCGGACGCUGCUGGAGGAGUUUCGAGAGGAGCUGCGGGAGGAGGAGGCGCGGCGAUGCCAACUGCAGCAAUCCUACGCCAAUGACAAAGCCGCCUGGGAGGUCAAGUGGGCAGAGAUGAAGUGCCAUGUCGCCCAGCUGGAGGAGGAGGAGCAAGGUAAGGUGCGAGGUGAAGCGCAGGGAGGCGAAGGGGAGCCAGCUGCAGACACCGAGUGGGCCCUGAAGCUGGAGCGCGAGGAGCAUCGUCGUCUGCUUGCCGAGAGCCACAACACGUCGCUGGACCUGCGCUGGAAGCUGCAGCACGGAGAGAAGAGGUGGAACCGGGAGAGGGUCGAUCUCCUGGAGCACUUCGACAGGGAGCGGCAGGAGUGGGACAGCAGUAUGCGGGAGCUCCACCGGAAGAUGGAGAGGAUGCAGAGGGAACUUAACUCUCGGCGAGGUGAGGGCUCUGACGUUAAAGAUGGCAGCACAUCCUACAGAGGCAUGUUUUCACCUCAGGACAGUCCCUGCCAGGCUCCCCGGUCGCCUCACACACCCCGCUCCCCCUGUACGGCUACACCUGUCCUGAUGCCCCCCACACGUUCCCACUCUGACUCCGAGGCCAUUCUGGAGGAGCAGGGGGCUGCGAUGGGGCUCAAAGGCUCAGCAGACAACCUGUUCCUGGACGCACUGUCUCUGGACCCCAUGAGUGGACCGGAGGUCCCUCCACCCUCCAGACUGGAGAGUGAGAAGAGGUUUCCCUGUAUGAAGGAGGCCCUAAAUGAGAUUUCGGAGAGAGAAGAUGCUGCUGCUUACUCAGAAGACAAGAUGAGGGAGGGUGGGAGUCUGCUCAGAGCCAAGUCGGUGUGCUCCAUGAGCGACUUCCAGCGGUUAAUGGACAGCUCACCGUUCCUCCCUGACAAGACGCGUCAUGGCGAUCAGGGCCAAGACGACGUCACCCCGCCUCUGUCUCCAGAUGAUCUCAAGUACAUCGAGGAGUUCAACAAUAAGGGCUGGGACUUCCCGUCAGCCACCUCUGGUCCGGGACUGUUGCGGGAAGUGUGGACAGACAAAUCAACAGAGGCCCGGGAAGGAGAGGCCGUUCCUGGUCCAUUCCAACCCGCUUCCUGGUUCCUCACCACCAGCGCCACCCUGACCACCAGCACCCUGAGCAGCCCUGAGCACUGCCACAAGUCCCCGCUGAGAGGCAAUGGAGCAGCAGCAGCAGGGGUUGGAGUGGAGCACUACGGGGUGCACAUCCUCCACAGCCCCACCAGACCCGGGGCAGCUGAGCACACCACUGCCCAGGAUCCCGAUUUCCUGUAUGCAAAGGGGACCAAAGCAAGGGGAGGAGUGGAGGCUGGGGUGGGUGCCAGUGGGCCGGAUGAAGUGUUCAGCAGUGCAAGGUGGCCUUGCCUUCUGGAGGGUGGAGGACUACGGACUUCUCCUAGUCAGUCUCCUAUCUGCCCCACAGUGGGCUAUGCAUCCUCUCUGGAUCUUCAGCUCUCCAGAAACAUGAGUGACGACAUGAAGGAGGUGGCCAUCUCUGUGAGAAACGCCAUCCGCUCUCCACCGGGGCCUGUUGUCCGGGACACCGCCUGCCAGACCAACGGAUUCACCACAAGAGGGACUCAGACCACCCAAACCAUCAGCGUGGGUCUGCAGACAGACCUGCUGAGGAACCUGACCAGCAGCCCCCACCGCUGCCUCACCCCGAAAGGUGGCAACACACCCAUCUCGUCCCCAUCACGCAACACAAGGAAAGUUCAGUACUCUCCUGUGGUCCAGAGCAAGUUCGAGCGACCCUGCUGCUCCCCAAAGUACGGCUCACCGAAACUUCAGCGCAAACCAUCCACGUCCAGUAAAACCGAGCUACCCAAUAACAGCCGCGCCCCCAUGCCCACAACGCCCCAGAAAGGGAACAACGAGUCGGCAUGGGCCCGCUCCACCACCACUCGCGACAGCCCUGUGCACACUACCAUCAACGAUGGGCUGUCCAGCCUCUUCAACAUAAUCGACCACACCCCUGUGGUCUAUGACACCAUUCAGAAAUUUAAUAAGUCCCCAAGUCGCUCCCGCCCCACACCACCCUCCACCACUGAGCCAAGCCCCGCUCAUGGGCCUCUGUCUGCAGACCCCAGGAACACGCAGGAAUGCCUGCGGCCUGCUCGCGGGCGCUCACCAAGCCCUGUGCAGCUAAUAGUGGAGACGCAGGGCGACAAGAACCCAGAGGUGGUGAGCAUUCGGCAGGAUCUAUCGGCCCCGCCGGGCUACACGCUGGCUGAAAACGCAGCCCGCAUCCUCAACAAGAAGCUGCAGGAGCAGAACUUUAGGGAGGAGAGGAGGCUGCAGGCGGGAGGACCGAGCAGCCACGGCAGAGACAACAGCAGGCAGACCGAGUCAGACAGAGGACAGUCAGGAUGCAUGGAGGACCUGCCUCGCUCUCCGGUGGCUCCGCCUCUGGAUUCCUGCUUCCUGAGACCGGCGCGCCCGGCCAACCGCCGACCCCCCUCGCGCUGGGCCGCACGCUCCCCCUCCUCCUCCCCAAAGUGGAGCGAGGGCUCGAAGAGGAGGUUCACCUUCCCGCCGCCGGGACACCGGAAGACCAUCCUGGAGGGUGAGGAGCCGCCGUAAAGCCGUCCUCUACCUCCUCCUCCACCUCUGCCUAAACAGACCCAGUACCUCAGAAAACCCCCUCCAAACAUAUGGACUCCCUCUAGAGGAGCCUGAGAGAGGGGUUGGGAUCUAACCAGUAGCACCAGCUGACCAUCAAGGAACCAGAACCUUUUUUUUUUUUUUUUUUUUUUAAGAGGAACCUGGAAUGUACUGUAUUUAAA